UAACUCUUCGGUCCCUCUUUAUCAGUUUAUCUGAAAGUCACUUGAUGUCACUUGAUUCCACAACAGCUUAGAUAAUAACCUGUGGGAACUUGCCCCGCGUUUUGUGGUGUGUUGUAACCAACUGCUUCUUCAAUUGAUAUAUUGGGACAGUAAACCUAUCCUUACGAAUCAAUACUCAUUCUACUCAAUUGGUUUCUAGUCGGGUUGGGACGUUAUCACCCUGAGCGUGAGUCUUACAUUUGACUUAUGACAUCACCCAGGAGUCCGAUCUCCCCGCCGAGAAUAACCAACUUACUGAGAAUCGCUUGCUAGCAGGAAUACGACACAAUGGCUACUUCAGCAGGACGUCUUCAAGGCAAGAAUGCUAUAAUUACUGGUGCUGCAGGAGGGAUCGGUCUCGAGACUAGCAUCCUCUUCGCCCGCGAAGGUGCCAAUGUCCUCAUGGCCGAUAUCUCUGCCCCUGCCCUCGAGAAAGCCCUCGCCAAAGUGAAAGAGGUUGUCCCCAAUGCCCCACGAGUUGAGACCUUGAAGUGCGAUGUUUCCAAGGAAUCCGAGGUACAAGCGAUGGUGGAAUCUCAAGACAGCUGGGGCGGAACCGACGUGAUCUUCAAUAACGCGGGUAUUAUGCACGCUGAUGAUGCCGACGCCGUGGACACUCCAGAGAAGAUUUGGGAUUUGACACAGAACAUCAACGUGAAGGGAGUAUGGUUUGGCUGCAAGCACGCCGUGCUCAGUCUCCGUCGUCAUAAGAAGACUAAGGGUAGCAUUAUCAAUACUGCUAGUGUAGUUGCCUUAGUGGGUAGCGCCACUCCUCAGCUGGCUUACACUGCCAGCAAGGGUGCGGUGCUGGCCUUGACCCGUGAACUAGCCAUUGUGCAUGCUCGGGAGGGCUUCCGCUUCAAUGCACUGUGCCCCGCCCCGCUAAACACCCCGCUCCUGCAAGACUGGCUGGGCGAUGAUAAGCCUAAGCGGUUCCGUCGUGAGGUGCACUUCCCGACCGGACGGUUCGGCGAGGCUAUCGAACAAGCGCAUGCAGUUGUUUUCCUUGCCAGCGACGAAAGCAGCUUCGUCAAUGGUCACGAUUUUGUUGUUGACGGUGGAAUGUCCAAGGCAUAUGUCACCCCCGAGGGGCCAGCCACCCCUGCCCCCAAGAACUUGGGUCACUAAAUCCGCAUGUUUAUGGUUAUGACACGAUUGUCAAUGACGUUCUUUAUUUUUCAAGGGCAGAUGCAAGAGAAUGUCUACUUAACACUUUCGGCCAGCCCAUAAUGUAGCAGUUAUCGCCCAUUCCAGACCUCCUGAUGUCGAAUUAAUCUGCCGCUGGCCUGCUAGGUCAUACUAAGCAUACCCGAACAGUGCGAAACCCAACAUACAUGUGGCAGGUUGUGCUGGGAUGCCAUAUAUUACGGUCCUAGUGCGUACAUUACAUGGCUAUGCGGUCCCUCGGCAUAAAAGCUCUUGACUUGAGAUCGAUGCACUAUAUGGAUUGGAGAAUAAAUUAGGCAUUAU